UUUGUAUGCGCAGAGGGUUUAUCCACAAAGUUCUUACUGAAUAGCUUUAAUUUUUUUUCUCACAAAAUUCAAAGUUCAGGUAAACAUAAAGAACUAAUUCUUUUGACAUUUCUUCAACAAUUGUCGUCGAAAUAACUUCAGGUACAAAAAUCCCUCGUUCACUUUUAACAAGAAAUUUGUGUUGAGUGGUUCACUAAAAUUGAAAAAAAAAAAAAUCCACGUCAGUGCCAAAUUUAAUUUUUUGUUUUUCAUUCGUUCAAUUCUAAAGUGAUACAGAAUUUUUUUUAUAAAUUUUCAAAAAUAAUUAAAGGAAUAAUUGAAAUAUAAUAAGAAUAUUAAAAAAAAAAAAAAAAAUGUCGAACAAGAUGAAAUUAAAUUUGCUUUAUUCGAGUUUUCUUUUGAUGAUAUUAUUUUCUUUCUCACUGGGGAGCAAUGAAACUUGCAAUUGUUCAUCAAAAAAUCUUCAAACGAAAGUCGACGAAUCAGAUAUUGUUGCUGUUAUUGUAGUGCCAGAUUAUUUACCAAGUUUUCCCGGAAAACAAUAUGUGUUUGCCAGAUAUAGUAGCAGAAAUUCAACUAAUGGCAAUACGAGUUUUAAAAGAAGAUUAUGGUUGUUAUCAGAAGAAAAGUGUUUUGGAAAAUUUCAAGUAUUUCAAAAAUAUCUAAUAGGUGUUAAUAUUGUUAAUGGAGAACCUGUGACAAAAAUUAUUUGUGAUUUUAAUGUACUUAGGAAUAAUGAUACAAAAUUAAUUUUUAAAACAUUAUCCGAAGACAGUGAUAAUCAAGAGGAUACAACAACAACAUUGGAAGAAACAACUAAAUUUACAAAGGAAAGAACAACAAUGGAACCAUUAGAAACAACAACUCAAUCAACAAAUGAAAUAAUAACAACAGCAUCAAUUGAAACAACUACUGAAUUAUUGAAUAAUGAAACAACAACAUUGGAACCAUUGGAACCAUUGGAAGAAAUAACUAAAUUUACAAAGGAAAGAACAACAAUGGAACCAUUAGAAACAACAAGACAAACAACAAAUGAAAAAGCAACAACAGUAGCGUUCGUAGCAACUACUGAAUUAUUAAAUAAAGAAACAACAACAACGGAAGUGUUCAAUAAAAGAAAAAGAAGAAUGGUAUCAUUUAAUAAUUUUGAACCAAUGGAAACAACAACUCAAUCAACAAAUGAAAUAAUAACAACAGUAGCGAUUGAAACAACUACUGAUUUAUUGAAUAAUGAAACAACAACAUUGGAAACAUUGGAAGAAACAACUAAAUUUACAAAGGAUAGAAUAACAAUGGAACCAUUAGAAACAACAAGACAAACAACAAAUGAAAAAGCAACAACAGUAGCGUUUGUAGCAACUACUGAAUUAUUAAAUAAAGAAACAACAACAACAACAACAACAAUGGAACCAAUGGAUUUUACAACUAAAUUAUUAAAUAAAGAAACAACAACAACAAUGGAACCAAUGGAAGAAACAACUAAAUUAUUAAAUAAAGAAACAACAACAACAAUGGAACCAAUGGAUUUUACAACUAAAUUAUUAAAUAAAGAAACAACAACAACAACAACAACAAUGGAACCAAUGGAUUUUACAACUAAAUUAUUAAAUAAAGAAACAACAACAACAAUGGAACCAAUGGAAGAAACAACUAAAUUAUUAAAUAAAGAAACAACAACAACAAUGGAACCAAUGGAUUUUACAACUAAAUUAUUAAAUAAAGAAACAACAACAACAACAAUGGAACCAAUGGAAGAAACAACUAAAUUAUUAAAUAAAGAAACAACAACAACAAUGGAACCAAUGGAUUUUACAACUAAAUUAUUAAAUAAAGAAACAACAACAACAACAAUGGAACCAAUGGAAGAAACAACUAAAUUAUUAAAUAAAGAAACAACAACAACAAUGGAACCAAUGGAAGAAACAACUAAAUUAUUAAAUAAAGAAACAACAACAACAACAAUGGAACCAAUGGAUUUUACAACAGUAACGAUUGAAACAACUACUGAAUUAUUGAAUAAUGAAACAACAACAUUGGAACCAUUGGAAGAAACAACUAAAUUUACAAAGGAAAGAACAACAAUGGAACCAUUAGAAACAACAAGACAAACAACAAAUGGAAAAGCAACAACAGUAGCGUUCGUAGCAACUACUGAAUUAUUAAAUAAAGAAACAACAACAACAACAAUGGAACCAAUGGAUUUUACAACUAAAUUUUUAAAUAAAGAAACAACAGUGAAACCAAUAACAACUCAAUCAACAAAUGAAAAAAUAACAAUAGUACCGCUUAAAACAACUACAGAAUUUUUAAAUUAUAAAACUACAACAAUGUUACCACUGGAAACAACAACACUAUCAAAAAAUGAAGAAACAACAAUAACUGAAUUAUUAAACAAAAAACCAACAAUAACACCAUUUUAUACAACAACAAAAUCAGUUAAUAAAAUCAUUUCUUCACUACCAAAUGAAUUAUAUAGUUUAAUGACUAAUGAGAAUAGAUAUAAUUAUUUUUUAUCGCAAGUGAAUUAUUUGAAAAAUUUGAAAAAAUCAAAUCAAUAUAUUGCUAAUGAAAAUAAUGAAAAAUCAAUAAUUUUUCCAAAUAAUUCACUUUGGUUAAAUAAUAGAAUGCCAUUAAUAACAAAUGAAUUGGAAAAAUUAUUAAAUGAUGAAAAUAGAUAUAAAUAUUUUUUGAGCGAAGUGAAUUAUUUGGAAAAAUUGAAAUAUGCAAGGGACAAUUAUAUUAAAAAACCACAAUUAUUUAUAAAUAAUUAUUUUUGUCAGAAGCAAAAAAUUCCAAAUUUUUAUUAUACAAAAUUAAUUUAUCUACAACAAAAUCGAGGAUAUUUUCAACAACGGUGGAAUAAUGUUCAAUCACAAAAUUCAAAUGUGAGAUAUUAUUGGUAAUUUAUCGAAAAUAGAAUUUUUAAAAAAUAAAGAAAUUGUUUUUAAUUAUC